AUAUUCCACAGAUAUGAAACAUUUUUUGCAAAAGUUGGUCUCACAGUUGAUGGACUGCUGUGUAGAUAUAAAAUCCAAAGAGGAGGAAAGUGUUCAGGUCACCCAAAGAAAAACACAUUAUUCAAUGGAUUCACUUUCCAGUUGGUAUAUGACUGUCACACAGAAGACAGACCCAAAAAUGCCAAGCAAAAAGAGGACUACUUCUAGUCAAUGGCUGUCUCCUCCUGUUGUGGUUAUCUUGAAGGAUAUGGAAAGCUUUGCUACAAAAGUACUACAAGACUUCAUAAUCAUCAGCAGUCAUCAUCUCCAUGAAUUUCCACUAAUACUCAUUUUUGGAAUUGCCACAUCUCCUAUUAUCAUCCACCGAUUGCUUCCUCAUGCAGUAUCAUCUCUAUUGUGCAUAGAACUGUUCCAAUCUUUGUCUUGUAAGGAGCACCUGACUACAGUACUUGAUAAGCUACUUCUUACAACUCAGUUUCCCUUUAAAAUAAAUGAAAAAGUAUUACAGGUUCUCACCAACAUCUUUUUGUAUCAUGAUUUCUCAAUUCAAAACUUUAUAAAAGGACUUCAGCUUUCUCUAUUAGAGCAUUUCUAUUCCCAGCCCCUAAGUGUCCUGUGCUGUAAUCUUCCAGAAGCCAAAAGAAGAAUAAAUUUUUUAUCAAAUAAUCAAUGUGAAAACAUCCGACGUCUUCCAUCUUUUAGGAGGUAAAAAGAGAAGCAGAGACAGAUGAGAGGACUAGCACUUUUGCCACAUAAUAAAGACCUAAAGGAAGAAACACAAUUAUUACUAGAAAACCUGCAUGUUUAUCAUAUGAAUUACUUCCUGGUUUUGAGAUGUCUUCAUAAGUUCACCUCUUCUCUUCCCAAGUAUCCACUAGGUCGACAGAUCAGAGAGUUGUACUGCACAUGUUUAGAAAAGAACAUAUGGGAUUCAGAGGAGUAUGCAUCAGUCUUGCAGCUGCUGAGGAUGUUGGCAAAGGAUGAACUGAUGACCAUACUUGAGAAAUGUUUCAAGGUUUUUAAGUCUUCUUGUGAAAAGCACCUUGGCAGCACAGCUAAGAGAAUAGAGGAGUUCCUGGCCCAGUUUCAGAGCCUCGAUGAAAACAAAGAGGAAGAAGAUGCUUCUGGGUCACAGCCAAAGGGGCUUCAGAAGACAGACCUGUAUCAUCUUCAGAAGUCCUUAUUGGAAAUGAAGGAGUUAAGAAGAAGUAAGAAGCAAACCAAAUUUGAAGUACUCAGAGAAAAUGCUGUGAACUUCAUUGACUGUCUAGUGAGAGAAUACCUUCUGCCUCCUGAGACACAGCCUCUCCAUGAGGUGGUGUACUUCAGCGCUGCCCAUGCCCUUCGUGAGCAUUUAAAUGCUGCUCCGCGAAUUGCCCUCCAUACUGCACUCAACAAUCCUUACUAUUAUCUAAAGAAUGAAGCACUGAAAAGCGAAGAAGGCUGCAUUCCGAAUAUCGCCCCAGACAUCUGCAUAGCAUACAAACUGCACCUAGAGUGUAGCAGGCUCAUCAACCUCGUAGACUGGUCAGAGGCUUUUGCAACAGUUGUGACAGCUGCUGAAAAAAUGGAUGCAAAUUCUGCAACCUCAGAAGAAAUGAAUGAAAUUAUCCAUGCUCGGUUUAUUAGAGCUGUUUCUGAACUAGAACUUUUAGGAUUCAUAAAACCUACCAAACAGAAGACUGACCAUGUGGCAAGGCUAACAUGGGGAGGCUGCUAGAAAGCAAAUAAGUGAAGCCAGAACUAUGACAUUCAGCUUAAGAGAAAAAGGUGACCAGUCAUAUUUACAUACACUAGAGGAACCUGUUUUGGUGAGAAGAUAAAUGUGCAAUCCCCAUGUGAUGUUUAACAAGAAAAGUACAUUGCUAACCCCAAACAGGCAUAUAUCAAAACACUGUGGAGUGCUUUAGAAUCCAACAAAUAAUACGUAACUAAAACUGCUCACACAUUUUACUGUACUUUCCACAAAGUCAUUACUAAAUUGUGAGUAAAUCUUUCUUGAACUUACAGAGUAUAAAAAUGUAAUAAAUUCCAUUAUCCAGGAGUAUAAGUUA